GUUGAUGUCCCACUAUAAUGCUAUCUAACAAGCUAUUUGAUCAAAAGGUGGAUACCUCUAAAGUGAACAAGCCUAUUUUUGAGUAUUGGAUUAAGGAUAAGCUCAACACGUAUUUGCCGGAUGACGACAUUGUAUCCGAAUUUGCGCUCAACUUGGUCACAGAGGUCCAGUUCCCCGAUAUCCGCGAAGUGCUAGGGCAGCUAGAAGGAUUCUUGGAGGAAAAUACUAAACCCUUUUGCAAGGAGCUCUGGAGGUUAUUAGUGUCCGCCCAAACUGACAAAGAUGGGAUUCCUGUCGAGCUUUUAGGACUCAAGAUGAAGCAAGCAGAGGCCAAGUUACUACAGCCCACGACCAGAAACCAUGGAAACAGCUACCGUAAGUCUGGAUCUAGUAGAGAUGAACAUCCGUACAAAACCCCUGCCAGAGAGCCGUACAAUGAUGCAAAAGGCAGAUCUAAUCCAAGGGAGAGUGCCAGAUCAUAUCCAUAUAGAGACGAACACAGAAGCUCGAAUUCUCACAGAGAUGAGUACAGAAAUUCGAAUUCUCAUAGAGGUGAAGGUAGGAAAUCAAGUCAUCCCCAAAGAGAAGAGAGCAAAUAUAACGGUCCAAGAAGAGAAGGUGGCAGAUCUAAUAUCCUAACAGGUCAUGAAAGUCGAGACCAACACAGAAGAGAUGGUGAAAGUGAAAGAGGUAUUUACAGGAGAGAUGAUGUGGACAGAAGAUAUACACACAAAAGGGACGGCGAAACCAACCAGAAUUCACGCAGACGGCCAGAUAAUCGUAAUUAUGGGGAGCGUGACAGAAGUCCCAAUAGAAACCGGACGGAUAAAACUGAGUUGAAGCCAACAAUGGGUGAUGCGACCCCACCACGGAGGCGUCUGCCGAGUCGAACCCCUUCCAGAUCCCCAAAAUAUUGAUAAUAACAAAAACACGUAUGUAUUAUCUGAUAUAUUUACUAGUUUAAAACGAAAAGUGAAACGGAUUGGAAAUGACCGCAUACCGUUCACUUUUUCCAGCAGGCUCAGAAAACGAAGCAAUAAGCCAUUUCAUCCAACCACUUGAUAAACCGAUAUCAGAAUUUUAUAAUUUAAAGUGUAAUACAACUUUCACCAUUCUCACAAAAAUGACUCAAGCUUUGAUCCAAUUCACUUGGACAAAAC